AUGACUGAGGGUGCCACGGGGUGCGAAACGGCAGAGCCGAAUGCCAGCCUUCGGAUGCCGGAACCAACGGCAACCACGUCUUUUGGAUCAGGGCUCACCGCCGAAACUCCAGGCCGUUACUCUCGAGCUUGUACGGCCGCCGAAAUCGCCCUGUCAUGGCAGAUGACCGACCACUCCGGCCCUCGUCGUGGCACGUCGUCAUCCACCGGACCCACCCUCAAUCGUUCCGCUCCUGCAUUCAAGCUUUGUUGGAGGAAUCGACAUCCCUAUGUAGACACCGCCGCGGCGCGGAGACAGGACCGGCUUGAGAGCUCCAUCAUAAUCCUCAACUCAUCCUCAGCUCCUCCAAUCACAUCGUUCCCGGCUCUGCGCAAGCUAACAGGCGCAGCCGCGGCUCGCUUAUUGUCGAAGACCUCCAGCUGGGCGCAUCUCACAUACCUCCCCCUCACCCUCGAGCGACGAAUAUACCCUACCGGUCUUCCUCGUUCUGGCCUGUCCCCUCGUCGCCGACGUCUCUUGUCGUCAGACCACGACUAA